CCGAGGCGAGGCCGGGCCGCCCCCGCCGAGCCCGCCCUCCCAACGGGGAUGCGGCGCUGAGGCCCAGCAUGGCCGGCCCGGGCCCCACCUUCCCGCUGCACCGGCUCGUCUGGGCGAAUCGGCACCGCGAACUGGAGGCCGCGCUGCACAGCCGCCAGCACGACAUUGAACAGGAGGACCCCCGGGGGCGCACUCCCCUGGAGCUGGCUGUGUCCCUGGGGAACCUGGAGUCCGUGAGAGUCCUCCUUCGACACAAUGCCAAUGUGGGCAAAGAGAGCUGCCAGGGCUGGGCAGUCCUGCAGGAGGCAGUCAGCACUGGGGACCCAGAGAUGGUACAGCUGGUGCUCCAGUAUCGGGACUACCAGAGGGCCACACAGAGGCUGGCUGGCAUUCCAGAAUUGCUCAACAAACUCCGUCAGGUACAGCAGGGUACAGAGGCCCCCGAUUUCUACGUGGAGAUGAAGUGGGAAUUCACCAGCUGGGUGCCCCUCGUGUCCAAGAUGUGCCCCAGUGACGUGUACCGAGUGUGGAAGCGGGGUGAGAGCCUGCGGGUGGACACCAGUCUUCUGGGCUUCGAGCACAUGACCUGGCAGCGCGGCAGGAGAAGCUUUAUCUUCAAGGGCCAGGAGGCAGGCGCCUUGGUGAUGGAAGUGGACCACGACCGGCAGGUGGUGCACACCGAGACACUGGGGCUUGCCCUGCAUGAGCCAGAAGCGCUGCUGGCCGCCAUGCGGCCCAGUGAAGAGCACGUGGCCAGUCGCCUCACCUCUCCUAUCGUCUCCACCCACCUGGACACUCGCAAUGUGGCCUUUGAGAGGAACAAAUGUGGUAUCUGGGGCUGGCGGUCUGAGAAGAUGGAAACCGUUAGCGGCUACGAGGCCAAGGUAUACAGUGCCACCAAUGUGGAGCUGGUGACACGCACUCGCACGGAGCACCUCUCUGAUCAGGACAAGUCGAAGAGCAAAGGAGGGAAAACUCCAUUCCAGUCCUUCCUCGGGAUGGCCCAGCAGCACUCCUCCCACAGCGGGGCUCCUGUGCAGCAGGCCGCCAGCCCCACCAACCCCACAGCCAUAUCCCCCAGUGAGUACUUCGACCCCAACUUCAGCUUGGAGUCGAGGAACAUUGGCCGCCCCAUUGAGAUGUCCAGCAAAGUGCAGAGGUUCAAGGCAACACUGUGGCUGAGUGAGGAGCACCCGCUCUCCCUGGGUGACCAGGUGACACCUAUCAUUGACCUGAUGGCUAUCAGCAACGCUCACUUUGCCAAGCUGCGCGACUUCAUCACCCUGCGCCUUCCCCCUGGCUUCCCAGUCAAGAUUGAGAUUCCCCUUUUCCACGUGCUCAAUGCCCGCAUCACCUUCAGCAACCUGUGUGGCUGUGAUGAGCCCCUGAACUCGGUGUGGGUGCCAACCUCCAGCUCAGGCUCUGGUGGCACCACAUCAGGGAGCCCUUUCCCAUGUGAGGUGGACCCCGCCGUGUUUGAGGUGCCCGAGGGGUACAGUGUGCUGGGCACGGAGCGCAGCGAGCCCCUUCGUGAUGAAGAUGAUGACCUGCUACAGUUUGCCAUCCGCCAGAGCCUGCUGGAGGCAGGCGCAGAGGCUGAGCAGGUAACUGUCUGGGAAGCCCUGACCAACACCCGGCCUGGUGCCCACCCUCCUCCCCAAGCCACCGCUUACGAGGAGCAGCUUCAGCUGGAGCGGGCCCUCCAAGAAAGCCUGCAGAUGUCCACAGAGCCCAAUGGCCCAGAAUCCCCUCACAGGACACCCCUGGCCCGGGCCCCCCCAAGCUUUGAGGAACAGCUUCGCCUGGCCCUGGAGUUGUCUUCGAGGGAGCAGGAGGAGCAGGAACGACGGGGGCAGCAGGAGGAGGAAGACUUACAGAGGAUCCUGCAACUCUCGCUCACGGAGCACUGAGCACCCAGCACCCAGCUCUGGGAGGGCGGUCUAUGCUGCUCCCCCAUGUGCUUUUGUAACUUAUUUAUUUAUAAACUGUCUGCUGCCAAGCUUGGGGCCUGGAGCCCUGGAGGUGGGCUUGCAUUGGAGACCAGGUGAAAAUAAAGAGACUCAGCAGCA